AUGUCUACAUCAUCUUCAUCUAGUGGUGCUAUUGGAUGUCCCUAUCACAUUCAAUCUGUACAUAAGCCUGCAACAAGUAAUGGCAAAUGUCCAGUAUCUGGUACUAGUGGUUCACAAUCCUCCUCCUCCUCUGAAUUAGACAAGGUUGUAUAUCUUCAAGAGGAUACUGUAGUCCCUGAUCACCCUCUAACUGGUAUUGAAUAUACAAAUGAUGAUAAACAAUACAUGAGAAUCAUGUUGAAUCAUUUCGUAGAGUUUAUUGAUACUCAAAGACGUUUAUCUGUCAAUAAACCAACAACUGCAACUACACCAAAGGAGAAUGAAGAGGAACCACAAACAAGUUAUGUAGUCAAUGUAAAUGAUCAAGAGAAACUAAGAUGUAUUAUUAAUAAUAGAAAACGUGCAUUGGAACUUGGCAAAUAUUGCGUUGUUGGAUUCUUUGGUACUAGAAGUGCAGACAAUGGAAAGCUUGAUGAUAUUAUCGAGAGUGAUAGAAUCCUCGUUUCACUGCUACAAUCCAUUCCAGGUAUCGUUGCCUAUGUUACAAUGCAAAAGGAUGAACCUUUGAAUACAUCUCAUUUGGCAUCACCAACCACUCGUGACUAUGGUAAUAUUGUUAUCUUGGAAUCAUUUGAUGUUAUCAAUGAAUGGAGAAACUCUGGUACUCACAGAGAGGCCGUUGAGAUCCUUUCACCCAACUAUUACCAUUUUGUUAGAAUUCAUAACUUUUGUUUGACCCUACCAACUCCCUAUCAAUCCAUGGCCGAUUAUAUUACCAAUUCACCAAUAUCACCAACAAGAGGUGAUGCAAUUAAUCUUGAAGUUGUUCGUACUAAAUAUUAUUCUUUUAAAAAUGAUAAAGUAAAUUGGAGAGGAUUAAGAACAUAUGGAGAAAUUGUAUUUACUUCAUUUUUAAGUUCAAAUGCAUAUGGUUCAUUCAAAGAGAUGGUUGAUAGUAUUGGAAAAGAAUUGAAUUUGAAAACUCGUAUGGUCAAUAUUUACGAGUUGGCAACCAAAGAACACGUUGAAACACUGUCACCAAGAGAAUUGAUGGAACUCUAUAAAAUAGAUUAUGCAUUCAUGUGUGGAGCAUCCUACUCUACCUGCGAUUCACUCUUGUCUAUUGUUGGUGCUCCCGUUCGUCAAGAAUCAAGAUACAAUGAUAAACCAGUUUAUUAUUCUGAUAUCAUUGUAAACAGUGAAAGAGAAAUCAACAACAUUACUGAUCUAGUCAAUGAUUUGAAAUCAUUCACAUUUAUUUAUAAUGAAAAGGCUUCAUUUUCAGGAUACCAAUUAUUCCGUCAUGAAUUAUUACAUAAAUUAAAAAGUAAUAGUAAUAGUAAUUCCUCUUCUUCCACAUCCACUUCAUCCACUUCUUCUUCUUCCUCUUCUUUUGAUGAUACAUAUUUUAAUUCAUAUUUUAAGGAUACAAUUAAAUCGGGAUCACAUUUGGAAUCAAUUAAAUUGGUACAACAAACACCAGGUAGUUUUGCUACCAUUGAUAGUACUGUAUUGGAUACUUUCAAUCAAACCUCAUCGGCUACUGAUCAAGAUCUUCGUGCCUACAAAGUAAUUGGUGAAUUUGGACCAUCCCCAAUGCCACCACUUGUCGGCUUGAAACAAUCCAACCGUAUUCACCAUAUAGAUAGUAUUAAAAACUACCUAACCACCAACUUUACAUCUUCUGCCAAUCUCUACAAAUCAAUCUCAUCUGUACCAUCAUCUGAUUACAAUAUCUUUAAAAAAGUUAAAGAUUCUCAAUAA